AUGGCGCCCAGGGGGUGGCCCUCCCUUCCCGCAGCACCUUGCCUGGAACCUAGCCUUUCACGUGAAAGCCACACCGAAAACCCACGCGAGAGUGCUGCAGCGGCCCAGACCCCAGUCGAUCAGCACGCGGAUCCCCAUCCCGCAGGUCGCCUGCCGCGGGAAAGGCCCAGUUCCCCGAGGGCCCCCUGCCGGCUCGGCCCUCUGGGGCGGGGAAGCGGGCGGCAGGAGGCGGCGCCAGGAGGCCCCCCGGCCUUCGGGACCAGCCCGCCGCCAGCUGCCGCCGUCCCCGGCCACAGGCCCGCUGCGCCCUCGCCGCCCGCUCGCAACAUGCGCCCUCGCCGCAGCCUCCUCUUCUGCCUCCUGCUGCUGCUGGGCUGGGGGUCGACCAGCCGGGAGCAGGAGGAGGGAGCAGCAGAGAGCGAAAGCGAAGCGGAGCUCAGGACGCUGCAGCUGCAGACCUUGGUGGCGGCCCCCCCGGGUUGCGCGGAGCACUCAGCGACGGGCGACACGGUUCAGAUCCAUUACACGGGCACCCUCAAAGAUGGCCGUAUAAUUGAUAGUUCACUUUCCCGUGAUCCACUGCAAGUAGAGCUGGGCAAAAGACAAGUCAUCCCUGGCUUGGAACAGGGUCUGCUGGACAUGUGUGUUGGGGAAAAACGGAAAGUUAUUAUCCCCCCUCACUUGGCAUAUGGCAAACGAGGCUCCCCGCCUGCUGUUCCAGCUGAUGCAGUCCUGCAGUUUGAGGUGGAACUGGUAGGGCUCUCCAGAGCGAGUUACUGGCAGAAGCUGUUGAAUGAUGUGCUGCCCCUACUAUGCAUUGGGCUUGUCCCAGCACUUCUGGGACUUAUUGGCUACCACCUCUAUCAGAAGGCCAGGACCCCCUGCAUCUCCAAGAAGAGACUGAAGGAUGAGAAGAGGAACAAAGCCAAGAAGAAAUAA